UUACGAAGUUUCUGUAUCGAUGGCCUCGUGAAUUAAUAUAGGCGGCCGUGGUUUAUGGCAGUCUUUGAGUCAGUAAUAACCUCUGCUUGAUCAGCUGACUUGGGGGCGUGAUUUUAAGUGUAGUACGGUUUGCGUGAACAGCUUGUGUAAAAUGGCAUUACAUUCAGCCUACAAAGGAAAACUCGUCUCAGUCAUUGGAGAUGAGGACACUUGCGUUGGCUUUCUUCUCGGAGGAGUUGGAGAAGUAAAUAAAAGCAGACAUCCUAACUUCAUGGUGGUAGACAAAAACACCAGCGUUAGUGAAAUAGAGGAAUGCUUCAAGAGAUUUGUGAGGAGAGAUGAUAUUGACAUCAUACUGAUUAACCAGAAUAUUGCCGAGAUGAUUCGACACGUAAUUGACAGCCACUCGCAGCCCGUUCCAGCCGUUCUCGAGAUACCGUCCAAGGAUCAUCCUUACGAUGCCACCAAAGACUCGAUAUUGCGAAGGGCGAGGGGAAUGUUCAACCCAGAUGACUUCAAGUAAAAUCAUUGCAUUGCAGAUGCCAGAUGGAAUAAUUUACAUUUUACCUUAUGUAAUUACAUGUAUCUGCCUUGUAUUGCUUAAAAUUAAUUAAGCAUAUACUAUAUUUAAGGCUCAAAUGAAAAUGGUGUUGGAUAAAUAGCUAAUUAGAAUAUCAAACACAUUCCAGUCUUGUAGUGUGACUGUUGUACAGUCCUGUGUAAAUACAUUAUUUAUUGUGGGAUCGACAAAAAGUAAUACUGUUUCAGUUUAAAAGCUAGGGACCUGUGUUGUGAUAAGGGUUGUAACUCUGCUACCCACAGUAUUAUAGUAUGAUUUGGAAAUAAGUUGAUUGUAUCAUGUGUAACAAUAUGGAGUUCUAUUGGUAGCAGACAGAAACAAUUCAUAAAAUAUGUUAAUAUCUUGUUAACACUUAUUGAAUACUUUGUUGAACAUGAUUUAAAGUUGAAUGGUUCAUUUAUGUAGAAAUAUAAAGCUACAGUUCUUAUACUUUGUUUGCUGAA